AGGAUGAAGGAAACCUGGUAACGCUCUCACAAAGCUAACGUUAUCUGUGUGCUGCUAAGCCCUGUGAACGCAUCAGCUUUGUCAACAUGCACUUAAAUGUUUACCUAGGCUGUCUACCAUCAAACAUUUACCUCGUAUCUUCUUCAAAAGCGUGCUAAUAGAUUCAUCAUGCAGUGUUUUAACGAGCCGAGCUAGCCAGGCUGGCAGACUUUUUUCUCGUCGUAGCCACAAUCAGUUGACCAGCUAACCAGAACGAGUUGUUGUUAGCUUAAGCUAUCUCGGUGAAUAUGGCGAUUGUGUCUGGCUCCUGCGCCAGGGUAAACGGGUCUAGAAAUGGGCCCUCUGUGUCGGCUACGCCUUCUGGAUCCGUUGGACAGUCUCAGCCCAUGAUAGCGGUAUGGGAAUGGCAGGAUGACCUGGGCUAUUGGCGGCCUUACAGCGGCAAAGUGAGCGCCUACAUCGAGCGGUGUCUGUCACCGCGGGGCCAGAGAGGAGGAGCACCCGGCUCAACGAGCAUCUGUCUCGGACAAUCAGACCCCAGCCUGUCGCCUUAUCUCAUUGACAUACCAAGCUUGAAACAGUUUCGACAGGACACAGGUAAGACACGGUCAGUACGUCGGUCCCUGUUUGCCCAGUCCUCAGGCCUCGGCAGUGGUGUCUACUGGGAAUGGGCCAAUGACGAAGGAGGGUGGACUCCAUAUGAGACGCGAACCUCUAUCCUUUUGGAGCACAGCUAUCAGGCCCGUCAAGGCACCGCAGAUUUGGGCCCACAUGGAUACAAUUACAUAGUGGAUCUAACGUCCCUGGCCCAAGUUAAUAAAGCCACAGGCUUCAGGCGGCAAGUGCGACGCCAGUGUAACCUCCCAUACCCGCUGGCCUCCUCUGGCCCCCCGGCCAUCCCCUCGGGCCCUGCGUGCUCCUGCCAGCAGUGUUUGAGCCACAGCAGCACAGGACCCAUGCCCAGCCGUUCACGACAUUCCUUUUCAUCAGGGAGUCUGAACCGGCCCAGCCUCCAAGGGACAGGGAGGGCUGCAGCGGCUCACCCCACUUCUGUCUACUCGCCAUACCCUAGGAGACCCCUCUCUGUUGGGGGAAUGUCUUGGGGCAGCCCCUGGCCCCCACCACCUUCUGGUAGUCAACUGUCUGCACCGCUUCUGACCAGCUCUUCCAGUGCAAAUGGGUUAAGCGUUCCCUCUAUCUCUGUGCAGCUGAACGGAUCCACCAGCGUGAGCUCUGCCCUGGCAGGCAUGGCCUCCAUUUUGAUGUCAGCAGUGGGACUCGGCGUGCACUUCACCACUGCCCCCCUCCCUCAGCAGCAGCAGCAGCAGCAGCUACAGCAGCAGCAGCAGCAGCAACCUGCUCCUUUCUCUCUUCCUCCUCCUCUCCUCCCCCCAGCCAGCAGGCCCAGCAAGCCCCACAGCAGCAGCAACAGCAGCAGCAGCAGCAGUUCAGUUAGGAGAGCAAAGAGGCAGCACAGGAGAGCCUCCGCUCAGAGACCUGAGGAAGUGAUUCAGCGCUACAUGGAGGUGGUGGCUGGCGUGCCGGAUGAGGACUGCAUUAUCUGCAUGGAUCAACUGUCCAAUCCAUCCGGCUACGAGACACCGUCCACGGAGGAGGGGGGCCAGAGCAUCCUGCCAGACACUGUGGGGAAAUUCAUCAAAUGUGGACACACCCUGCAUAUGCUCUGCAUGCUGGCCAUGUACAACAACGGAACAAAGGACGGCAGCCUGCAGUGUCCCUCGUGUAAGACAAUCUACGGAGAGAAGACCGGCACGCAGCCCAAAGGCAAGAUGGAAAUUUACAGCAUCGCCCAGUCACUGCCCGGCCACCCAGACUGUGGCACCAUCCAGAUUAUCUACAGCAUACCUCCUGGCAUACAGGGUCCGGAGCAUCCCAACCCAGGACAGCCAUACACCUGUAGAGGAUUCCCUCGUUUCUGUUUUCUACCAGACAACGACAAGGGCAGGAAGGUGCUGGAGCUGCUGAAGGUGGCGUGGAUGCGCCGCCUCAUCUUCACCGUGGGUACGUCCAGCACCACCGGCGAGCCCGACACAGUGGUGUGGAACGGCAUCCACCACAAAACGGAGAUGAUGUCCAACUUGUCGGGCCACGGCUACCCCGACCCCAACUAUCUGGACAAUGUUCUAUCUGAGCUGGCCUCUCAGGGCGUGACAGAGGACUGCCUCAAACUUCCAGGCGGCGGCGGUGGCGGCGGCGGCAGCAGCAGCUAGGUCACAGCUCCCAGCUUCACACACUACCACUCACUGCUGACCACUGAGUAAACCCUUCAAAUCCACCUCUGUGGCCGGGCGGACCUCCUUCCACCUGUGUCUAUUAUUUAGUCUAAGUCAGCGUCUGCCCAAAUCUCAUUGAGUGAGCGAAGGGGGAAAAUGAGCUGAAUAAAGGUCUUGAAGCUUCUCUGGAAGGGCGCACAGUGGAGUGCUGGAUGAGAAUAGUUAAUGCACCACUACAUUCCCUCUCAUCACACAUGCCAGGAGACUGAACUGUGAGAAAAAUGGGGCUUCUCUUACUCCGAGCCUCUUUUAUCAAACCUCCACAAACUGGAGACUGUGUUUCUUCAUUUGUUUCUUUUUUUUUUCUUUAUUUCCAUAAAGCCUCAUCUGUAUCCCUUUGUCCAGUUACCAUGAGAAUGGCAGCUCACACUGGGGAUAGAAAUCUCAUUAAGCACUUUAGUUCUGACAGUGCAUUUAUCUGAGGUGUGUGAUUUCCCGGUAAAGGGCAGUUAACUUGUUUCAAAUUGGGAAGUUAUGCAAUUUAAGUGUUUCUGCAGAAAACAUUUGUGUUUAGCACGAUGACACACUGAAACUUUAGUAGCAAAGUCAGUAUAUACUAUUUGAUGAGAAGGGGCAAUACUUGUUGUAAAUAAAGCAAAAAAACAUGAAUCAAACAAAGGUAUGUAAAAAAAAAAAAAAAAUGAAAAAAUGAAAAAGGUCUUGUCCACAAAUGCCAGUUAAGGAGGAUAAAGUUGUAUAUUUUUUAACAUUUGACCAUCAAUUGUCAUAUUUGAUUCCCUAAAACUAAUUUGAUAAGCAGAUGUCUAAAGCACUCACAUGGUGAUUUUUUUAUGUUAUGAAUUCGCCGUCACCGUGCCUGUGGACCUUCUGCAGACCUUGUUUUUGUCACUUCAUUUGUGAGUUAAUGUUGCCAUGUAUGUGAGACGGGACAAGGUUACAUCUUAUAUAGCUUGAUGACCUCAAUCCUUUUGCCCAAACAGAUGGGAUGGAUCACUGAGAUUAAAAAAAGAAAAAAAAGCACUGGUUAAAAAAAACUUUACAGUGUGACAAUCAAGGUCAUUGAACUCGUCUUGAUUAAACGAGACACACAAAGCCGUGGCGGGCAUGGUAAUGGUCCCACUGGCUGCAAACUCACCCCCUGUAUUCACAUGCAUCAUUCUGCUCACAGUACUGCAGUACGGUCACUGAAAUGAGUUUUGACAUGUAUACAAGCAAAACUGGGGAAAAAAAAUGUCUGCAAUAAAGAAAUAAGGCAAAACUAA